CCACAAGAUUCCUGGAGGGGCCUUCUCUCUCUUCAAAUUUCACAUCUGUCUUGUUUCUCUCUCUUCUUGCUUUUCUUGCAAUUUCUUGUUCUAAGAAGAGCUUCUAGGCCUCUCUCUCUCUUGUAAUAUUAAAUAGUGGGUUGAUGUUGUGAUGGAGAUCAAAGGUGGUCAAAACAAAUGUAGUAGUGUUAGUUUUCGUGGAAGCCCUCUUCAAUACGAAGAAGCUCCACUCAGAUACAGAAUUGAAGAUGUUCAUCCCAUACUCCAAUUGUGUGAGGAAACCAUCCUGAUACUUUCUCAGAAUACAAAUGGCAUUUUCUGUAGAUUAGGAUUUUCCCAAUUUUUCCCUUCAGCUGUUCUUGAAAAAUUGUGAUAGAGACAGAGUACCUUUGGUGUCUCAUUUCUCUUUUGGACUCUGUUUUUGGUUUUCUUUGUGUCUUCUUUGAUCCAUUUCAGUGACUCAGCAAUGGCUGUUUCAUCAAUUGGGUUCGAGGGCUUCGAAAAACGCCUUGAAAUAACCUUUUCUGAGCAACCCAUGUUCGCUGACCAACAGGGUUUGGGCUUCCGAGCCUUGACUCGGUCCCAACUAGAUUCGAUCCUUGAACCCGCUUGUUGUACUAUUGUGGCUCAGCUCUCUAACACUGAGUUUGACUCGUAUGUUCUCUCCGAGUCGAGCCUUUUCGUUUACCCUAUGAAGAUUAUUCUCAAGACCUGUGGGACGACCAAGCUCCUCCUAUCCAUACCACAAAUCCUCAAACUCGCUGAGUCACUCUCACUCUGUGUUGACUCAGUCAAAUACUCUCGUGGAACAUUUAUUUUUCAAAAUUCCCAACCUGCCCCUCACCGCAGCUUCUCAGAAGAAGUUGCUUUCUUGAACCGUUUCUUCGAAAAUGGAAAUGCAUUUGCACUUGGUGAUCCGACGGUCCAAGAUCGUCAAUGGCACAUUUAUGUGGCGUCUGUGGGCCUACAAAAAUCACCUUUGGUUAAAGAUCAAACGACUUUGAUUAAUCUGGAGAUAUGCAUGACAGGAUUGGAUAGAAACAAAGCUGUUAUAUUUUACAAAAACUCGCAGUGUAAAAUGACCAAAGAGUCCGGAAUAUCAAACAUAAUUCCCAGUCAGGUGAUUUGUGACUUCGAGUUUGAACCUUGUGGGUAUUCGAUGAAUGGGAUUGAGGGUUCAGCUUAUUCUACAGUGCACGUGACUCCAGAGGAUGGAUUCAGUUAUGCUAGCUAUGAGGCUAUGGGGUUCGACUUUGGGUCAAUUCGGUUUGGGCCCCUGGUCAAGAGGGUCCUAAAAUGCUUCAACCCAGCUCAGUUCACUGUGGUUGUCACGUGCCAUGGUGAUUUGGCAAGUUGGGAGUGGGCUGUUGGUGAUGUGAAGGGGUACACGUGUGAAAUUGGCAUGAAGAAAGACUUGCCACGUGGAGGGUGCAUAGUGUAUCGAAGCUUUGUUGCCAAGGAGAAGGGGUGCACAGUGAAUCCUUCUACUCCUAAAUCUGUGAUGCAUUGUUGGAAGCAGGUGGCAGAGGAGGGCAGUGGUGAAAUGGGUGGUACAGUGGUGGCCCUAUCUUGUGUAUCGUCAGCUUAAUGCUGUGUUUGGUUAGAAAAUUUACUGAGAGAUUUGAAAAGAAAAAAAAAUGUGUGAAAUUAGAUGAAAUGUAAGUAUAUUUUAUUUAUAUUUUAUCAAUUUUUUUCAUUUCUCUUUCUAAAUUUUUAUUCAAAUCUUUUAACCAAACACAGUAUAAAGGUCAAGCCAAUCCAAGGGUGAACUCUCCAUUUUUGAGCAUUUUUUGGUUUUGUAAAAAGAGAUUGGCGAGCCUUAGUUCUGCUUUAUGUUCAAGCUGAUGUGACUACUCCAAGUCAUAUUUAAUCAAAUCAGCUUAUUGCUGGGUAUUUUUUUUGAAA